CCGGAAUAAGCAGAGUUAGGAGGCCAGGACAAAGAAGUUAAAGAGCGCCUAACAUACAUGUUUUUGAGGGCGGGCCGAGGGAAAAAAGUACCCCCAGUGAGGGUCUAUGGGUCUGAUUGUGUAGUUGUGAUGGAGCCCCCUUUGAGCAAGAGGAACACGCCAGCGCUGAGAUUAGCGGAUUUGGCAACGGCUCAGGCCAGGCCGCUUCAGAACAUGACUGGCUUCCCGGCGCUGGCCAGCCCGUCCGCCCACUCCCAACUCCGCGCCACAGCCGCGCACCUCCGCCCUCGGGACCUGGGCGCUGACCCCGGCGUGGCCAUCACUCCGCUCGGACCCGAGCACAUGGCCCAGGCGAGCGCGCUCGGCCUCAGCCCUCCCUCCCAGGCGCUCCCGGCCCAGCCCGAGGCCCCAGCGGCCGCGGCCCGCGCUGCAGCCUCGGUCGCGCACCCCGGCGCCGGCACCUACCCUGGCGGCGGGGGCAGCAGCAGCGUGCAAUCCUCCGCGCCCCCGCCCCCAGCCCCUCCUCUUCCUCCCUCCCCUUCACCCCCUUCCCCUCCCUCUCCUCCCCCCUCUCCCCCUCCUCCUGCCCUCUCCGGCUACACCACCAACAGUGGCGGCGGCGGCAGCAGCGGCAAAGGCCACAGCAGGGACUUCGUCCUCCGGAGGGACCUUUCCGCCACGGCCCCCGCGGCGGCCAUGCACGGGGCCCCGCUCGGAGGGGAGCAGCGGUCCGGCACCGGCUCCCCCCAGCACUCGGCCCCGCCUCCCCACUCGGCCGGCAUGUUCAUCUCCGCCAGCGGCACCUACGCUGGCCCGGACGGCAGCGGCGGCGGGGGCCCGGCGCUCUUCCCCGCGCUGCACGACCCGCCGGGAGGCCCCGGCGGCCACCCGCACCCGCUCAACGGCCAGAUGCGCCUGGGGCUGGCGGCCGCAGCGGCAGCCGCGGCCGCUGAGCUGUAUGGCCGCGCGGAGCCGCCCUUCGCGCCGCGCUCUGGGGACGCGCACUACGGGGCUGUGGCGGCCGCUGCAGCCGCCGCCCUCCAUGGCUACGGAGCCGUGAACUUAAACCUGAACCUGGCGGCGGCGGCUGCUGCUGCGGCGGCCGGACCGGGGCCCCACCUGCAACACCACGCGCCGCCCCCGGCGCCGCCGCCGCCGGCGCCCGCGCAGCACCCGCACCAGCACCACCCCCACCUCCCAGGGGCGGCCGGGGCCUUCCUGCGCUACAUGCGGCAGCCAAUCAAGCAGGAGCUCAUCUGCAAGUGGAUCGACCCCGACGAGCUGGCCGGGCCGCCGCCGCCGCCGCCGCCACCGCCACCGCCACCGCCCCCGGCCGGCGGCGCCAAGCCCUGCUCCAAAACUUUCGGCACCAUGCACGAGCUGGUGAACCACGUCACGGUGGAGCACGUGGGCGGCCCCGAGCAAAGCAGCCACGUCUGCUUCUGGGAAGACUGUCCGCGCGAGGGCAAGCCCUUCAAGGCCAAAUAUAAGCUCAUCAACCAUAUCCGCGUGCACACCGGCGAGAAGCCCUUCCCCUGCCCUUUCCCGGGCUGCGGCAAGGUCUUCGCGCGCUCCGAGAACCUCAAGAUCCAUAAGCGCACUCAUACAGGGGAAAAGCCUUUCAAAUGUGAAUUUGAUGGCUGUGACAGGAAGUUUGCCAACAGCAGUGAUCGAAAGAAACAUUCCCAUGUCCACACCAGCGACAAGCCCUACUACUGCAAAAUCCGAGGCUGUGACAAAUCCUAUACCCACCCGAGCUCGCUGAGAAAGCACAUGAAGAUUCACUGCAAGUCCCCGCCGCCUUCGCCAGGAGCCCUGGGUUACUCCUCACUGGGGACUCCGGGGGGUGCCCCCUUGUCCCCUGUGCUGGACCCAACCAGGAGUCGCUCAAGCACUCUGUCCCCUCAGGUGACCAACCUCAAUGAGUGGUAUGUUUGCCAGGCCAGUGGGGCCCCCAGCCACCUCCACACCCCUUCCAGCAACGGGACGACGUCAGAGUCUGAAGACGAGGAGAUGUACGGGAACUCUGAAGUUGUGCGGACGAUGCAUUAGAAUUGAUUAGUAAUAAUAAUAAUAAGUCCAAUAAUAAGGGGGAGCCCUUGGACCGUAUCCUAACCUGAGACAAUGCCGAGCCUGAGACAAACCCGUGACUCAGCCUUGCCACCGGGUCUAAUUAGCCCUAUUUAUUCAGUAUGAAACCCUAUGGUGUUUGUACAUUUAAUUAAUUUAAUUAAGAUAUUUGGGCUUUUUUUCCCCCUUAGAAAACAAACAAACAAACAAAAAACCCAACCAAGCUGGACUUGUAUGUUCCAGGGGGACAGGCCUGGGAGCAAACCGUACCAAGGAAAAUGAAUGGAGAGUUUAGUAAAUCAAGAAACACACUGCCAAUGCAAUAUAUAUAUGUAGUUUUUACAAGGGUGAGCGAAAGAGCAUUAAGUCAGAACUCAACACAGCAACAAGGCCUCUUCUGCGUUUCCUGCAGUGCCUCGCGGAAGCCUUUGACACCAGAGUGGGCUUCUCUGGAGCCUCGCAGCCUCCUGCUUGGGCCCUAAUUCUGCCAAGGCCUCUUGAUUGUAAACCACACACUUGCUGCAUUGCCAACAAACAGAUCUUGGACUGUACCUGGGGGUCCAGACGUAUUUGUAAAAACCCUUUGAGUUCGAAUACUUGUAAUUUUUAAUUUCUACUCUUUUAUUACUGAGCUCACCUUAAUGUGGUAUUUUUAUACAGGAUUAUUUCCUCAGUACCCUGCUUGUAUGAUUAAAGGAAAGAUGCAGCAGCCUAGUACAUCCCCAUGUAUUGUGCUACUGUGAUUGUUCAAGCAACAGUGCAGCGAAGAGCAAGCUGCUGUGGGAGACAACUGUGAAACUGUGCUAUUUUAUAAAACAAGAAAUUCAGAUUCCUCUAUCGGGUUUUUUUUUUUUAU